GUGCAUGCCUCCCCAGAGGGCCACGUCCUCGCGCGGCGUGUGACGGUAUGCUCACUUCGCCGCUCCGAAACGCGCUGUUCGCGGAUUUAAGGACCACAGUGCAGCUAUGGAUACUGAGCCAAACUCUGGAGCAUCUUCUGUGUCGACAACAGCCAGUAGCACCACCACCACUACCAUCACCACUUCCUCCUCUCGAAUGCAGCAGCCACAGAUCUCUGUCUACAGUGGCUCUGACCGACAUGCUGUACAGGUAAUUCAGCAGGCCUUGCAUCGCCCACCCAGCUCAGCUGCACAGUACCUUCAGCAGAUGUAUGCAGCUCAGCAGCAGCACCUGAUGCUGCACACUGCAGCUCUCCAGCAGCAGCAUUUGAGCAGCUCUCAGCUCCAGAGCCUUGCUGCCGUUCAGGCAAGCUUGUCCAGCGGAAGACCUUCUUCAUCCCCCACAGGAAGUGUCACUCAACAGUCAAGUAUGUCCCAGACAUCUAUCAACCUCUCCACUUCUCCUACACCUGCGCAGUUGAUAAGUCGUUCCCAAGCUUCCAGUUCUACCAGUGGCAGUAUUACACAGCAGACUAUGUUACUAGGGAGUACCUCCCCUACCCUAACGGCAAGCCAAGCUCAAAUGUAUCUCCGUGCUCAAAUGCUGAUUUUCACACCCGCUACCACUGUGGCUGCUGUACAGUCUGACAUUCCUGUUGUCUCGUCGUCAUCGUCAUCUUCCUGUCAGUCUGCAGCUACUCAGGUUCAGAAUUUAACAUUGCGCAGCCAGAAGUUGGGUGUAUUGUCUAGCUCCCAGAAUGGGCCACCAAAAAGCACUAGUCAAACUCAGUCAUUGACAAUUUGCCAUAACAAAACAACAGUGACCAGUUCCAAAAUCAGCCAACGAGAUCCUUCUCCAGAAAAUAAUAAGAAAGGCGAAAGUCCAAGUCUGGAGUCAAGAAGCACAGCUGUCACCCGGACAUCAAGUAUUCACCAGUUAAUAGCACCAGCUUCAUAUUCUCCAAUUCAGCCUCAUUCUCUAAUAAAACAUCAGCAGAUCCCUCUUCAUUCACCACCUCCCAAGGUUUCCCAUCAUCAGCUGAUAUUACAACAGCAGCAACAGCAAAUUCAGCCAAUCACCCUUCAGAAUGCAGCCCAAGAUCCACCCCCAUCCCAGCACUGUAUGCCACUUCAAAACCAUGGCCUUCCUCCAGCUCCCAGUAGUGCCCAGUCCCAGCAUUGCUCACCAAUCCAGAGCCAUCCCCCUCCUUUACCUGUGUCUCCUAAUCAGUCACAGGCUGCACAGCAGUCUGUAGUAGUGUCUCCCCCACCGCCUCACUCACCCAGCCAGUCUCCUACUAUCAUUAUUCACCCACAAGCACUUAUUCAGCCACACCCUCUUGUGUCCUCAGCUCUUCAAACAGGACCAAGUUUGCAGCAGUCUCCUGCUAGUCAGGUACAGCCCACAGCACAGUUGAACCUUCCAUCCCAUCUUCCACUUCCCGCUUCUCCUGUUGUACACAUUGGUCCAGUCCAACAGUCUGCCUUGGUGUCCCCUGGCCAGCAGAUUGUGUCUCCAGCAUCACACCAGCAAUACUCUACCCUACAGUCCUCUCCAAUUCCAAUUGCCACCCCUCCACAGAUGUCGGCAUCUCCUCCAGCUCAGAUGCCGCCACUGCCCUUGCAGUCUAUGCAGUCUUUACAAGUGCAGCCUGAAAUUCUAUCCCAGGGCCAGGUUUUGGUGCAGAAUGCUUUGGUAUCAGAAGAGGAGCUGCCAGCUGCAGAAGCUUUGGUCCAGUUGCCAUUUCAGACUCUUCCUCCUCCACAGACUGUGGCGGUAAACCUCCAAGUUCAGCCUCCAGCAGCUGUUGAUCCACCAGUGGGAAUGCAUUUGAACCAGUGUCAUCUGCACAAAGUUUUUUCUCUUAAGGUUUAUCAAGUAGAAGAUGUGUGUGAAGAAGAAAUGCCAGAAGAAUCAGAUGAGUGUGUGCGCAUGGAUAGAACUCCUCCACCACCCACGUUGUCACCAGCAGCCAUAACUGUGGGCAGAGGAGAGGAUUUGACAUCUGACCAUCCUUUGUUAGAGCAAGUGGAGCUACCAGCUGUGGCAUCAGUCAGUGCUUCUGUCAUUAAGUCUUCAUCAGAUCCCUCACACGUGUCUGUUCCUCCACCUCCACUCUUGAUCCCGGCUGCCACUACAAGAAGCAAUAGUGCAUCUAUGCCCAGUAGCAUUCCCAACAUAGAAAACAAGCCGCCACAGGCCAUUGUAAAACCACAGAUCUUGACCCACGUUAUUGAAGGUUUUGUGAUUCAGGAGGGAUUGGAGCCAUUUCCUGUGAGUCGUUCAUCUCUGCUAAUAGAACAGCCUGUAAAAAAAAGGCCUCUUUUGGAUGACCAGGUAGUGAAUUCCAUGUGUGUUCAGCCAGACCUGCAGAAUAAUACAAAGCAUGCAGAUAAUUCCUCUGACACAGAGAUGGAAGACAUGAUUGCUGAAGAGACAUUAGAAGAAAUGGACAGUGAGUUGCUCAAAUGUGAAUUCUGUGGGAAAAUGGGAUAUGCAAAUGAAUUUUUGCGGUCAAAACGAUUCUGCACUAUGUCAUGUGCCAAAAGGUACAAUGUUAGCUGUUCUAAAAAAUUUGCACUUAGUCGUUGGAAUCGUAAGCCUGAUAAUCAGAAUCUUGGACAUCGGGGCCGUCGUCCAAGUGGCCCUGAAGGAGCCGCCAGAGAACAUAUCCUUAGACAGCUUCCAAUUACUUAUCCAUCUACAGAAGAAGACUUGGCUUCUCAUGAAGACUCUGUGCCCUGUGCUAUGACAACUCGACUGCGCAGGCAGAGCGAGCGGGAGAGAGAGCGGGAGCUUCGUGAUGUGAGGGUUCGGAAAAUGCCUGAGAACAGUGAUUUGUUGCCAGUUGCACAGACAGAGCCUUCUAUCUGGACAGUUGACGAUGUAUGGGCCUUCAUCCAUUCUUUGCCUGGUUGCCAGGAUAUUGCAGAUGAGUUCAGAGCACAAGAGAUUGAUGGACAGGCCCUUCUCUUGCUAAAAGAAGACCAUCUCAUGAGUGCAAUGAAUAUCAAGCUAGGCCCUGCCCUGAAGAUUUGUGCACGCAUCAACUCCCUGAAGGAAUCUUAACAGGAAUCUGAAAUAUUGAUGUAACACAAGUUGUACUUUUCUAAUAGACUUGUAAGAUCAGAAUAUUAGUACAUUUAACGGAAGGCCAAGCACAUCAGGAUAUCUACUCAAAUGCUGACAUUUCUUCUACAGAUAUAAAAUGAUUCAUCAUACAUUUUCAUAAUUAGCCAGCAUCAGUGAAAUUAAUUUUACAGGUUACAUGUAACAUUUGAAAGAUUUGUUACAGAGGGUCAUAUUUUUCAAAGAAACAUGCUAUAGAUAAUUUUUU